UCAUAAAUUUCUAUUUUUAAAAAUUACGGAUUAUUUAUCAAACUACGCAGUAGUUAAUAUGGUUAAUAUGACAUAUUGACGUUUAAUCAUGUGACCAGGUUUAUUAUGUAGCCAAAAAUGAGUGAUUUUAUUAGAGAUCCUGUUGGACUUCCAGUUCAGCGAGUUGAUUCAGAAGAGAUUAUUUACAACAUUCAGUUGGGUAAUACAAUUGGUGAAAGAGACUGGGCCUGGGAAACUAUCUGUUUUGAAAAAGAACAGUUGGAAAAGAACUUACUGAGUAAACUGAAUGAACUACAACUGUUACAGUCUGAGCAUGAAGAUCUAAAAGAACAGUUAGAUAGAAAUGAACAACGAACGAGGGAAGUUCAAUCUGAUCUGGAAAAACAGAUGAAUAAUACACAAAACGUAAUUAAAAGAUUAAACGAAGAGAAAUUGAGAAAUAAAAAGCUGGAACUGGAAAUGAAGAACUUAAAAGAUCUGGAGGGAAAAAUAAACGAUAUGACCAACAAGAGAUACCAGUUGGAGCAGGAUAUCAGCACACUAAGCAAAAUAUUGCUAGAAUGCAGAGAAGAACUCCAGGAAUACAAAGAAGAGUUGCAUACGGAAAAAAUUAAACAGAAAUUUCUGGAGCAACUACACGACAUGAAAGAUACAGCACUUGCAAAAGCCAAUGGCGACAACGAAAAGUUGAAAAAGAAACUAUCAAUCCUGGCAGAUGAUGGAGCCGUAUACCCAAAAGGCCAAGAUGAACUAAUUGAUAAUAAACGAUUUAAACGGAAACGCCUGCAAGAAUGCCGGUAUUGUCACAACGCACUGGUUCCAGGUCAAAAUACUGGAACGUGUUAUUAUCAUCCACGGAAGCCUGUGCAUCUCCACGAAAAUAAGGACCCUAAGAUUAAGAUAUGGCAAUGCUGUGGACAAGAAGGGAAAGUUGAACCCAAAGGCUGCUGUCAGAAUACAUUUCAUCAGCCCUUGUAACCAUGAAAUAUUUGUGGUAUACCUGAGAAUCAAAUAUAUAAGUUAUUUAUGUACCUAGAAUGUUUGAUGCAAUGAUUUCUUGUUCUGAACAAUCAUUAAAUGAAAUCUUAAAAAAAUCAUGUAGUCCACUGCAUUCAAUGUUGAUCAAUGAUAUUCUUUAUUACUCUAUAUUAGAAGUAUAAUAUUGUAUUAUUUCAUAUCUCAAUUGUCCACUGGUUGACCAAAUGGCGUUAAAAAUCACGACUUUUUUCAUCUUUAUAGAUUUUUACUUUGAUAAGAUAAAUAAGUGUUAGCUUAAUUGAAAGCAGUAACAGGAACUGAAUAUAACUUGCAAAUAAUAAAAAAAAAAGACCAUAUGUGUAAACGUACCCUGUAUAAAUAUAAUUUUAUUAUAUAAAGAUUACACAUCUCAUUGUCUUCAUUAUGUUAAAAACAACCCCUUGGACAAAUAGACCAAAUCAAAGACAAGGCUAGACAAAAACGUUUUUUAUAUUUUCACCUGAAAUAACCCAUAUUUCACUUUUUACAUUUAAUUGUAAUAAAAGUAUCUACUCGAUGGUUGUUUCUUUUUUAAUUUGAUGUUUUUUUCUAAUUAUCAUAAGGUAGCUCUUUGCUAUCGGUUCAUUAUUUUCAAUAAUUUAUAAAACCAUAUUGUUUGUAUAAGGUUAAAUGUACCUUAGUACUUAUUCUUAUAUGUAUGUAAACAUAAUGAUAUGUUAGUAGCAACUUUAACAAAUAUAUAAUUUGUAUUUACAUUUAUUAUGAAAGUUGUAUGGCAUGUUUCACUCACAUGGUCAAAAUCAAUAGAUUUUGAAUAUCAAAGAGUCUUAAUAAUAUACUUUAUAAAUUUAUAAACAAUUUUAUAUAUAUCCAUAAAUUUUGAGAGUUAUACACCUAGCUAUUGAAGACAUGUCAAAACGAUAUUGAAAAUUUUACUAAUUUUUGUAAAAUUUUGCAUCGACGGACAUCUUUAACUAAAAUGAAUGAAUCUGUAGCUUUACUGUCAAUAAAAUGUUUGAUCUUGGAUAGAAAUGUCCUUCUUAUAUAUGAAAUAACAUUUAAUUGUAAAACUCAUUACUUAAAUUUUGUAAGAAAUUUUUGUUCAAUAAAGUUGUCAUUGAUUGUUUUA